AAUUAAAAUUUUUCGUAGGUAAUUCUUGCAUUUGACAAGAAAUCGAUUUGGAAAGGUUGUGCACGUGCUCUAUUUAUCGAGCUUUUUUUUUGCAAUCGUAAAGAUCGUAGAAUGAGGUAUUGAGUUUAGAAGGGUGCGACGUUGAAUGAAAAAGUCCCUCCCCUCCAUUCAAAAUAUCGGCAUACUCCAUGUUGAUAUCGAAGAGGAACGUGAGCCAAUAAAGAUUGUCAGCUGGCCGUGUCAUCGAAAUAAAACGAGGAGAAAACCUUAGACUUUAUCUACGCUUGCGUAAUACUCGGCGAUUGGGUGUUGCGUAACGGACCGCUUAAUCCGUCACCGAUUGAUCGUCCAAGAAACACUUACAAGCAACAAUAUCGUACGGAUAUCGCGAAUCCUUCUCCGUUGUUCUCCUUUCGAUGAUGUAACCUUGAUUAUAAUGCUUCUAAUAGAGGUGUUUUCCAGUCCCGGUCAAUGCGUUAUUCCUUUCCUACACUACGCGGAUCGCCGUCGAUGAAAUCGUUUGUAAAGUUUAGCAACCGAUUACGCGUUAAUUUGCAAGAAAAAUCAAAUGGAAAGCACCCAUGGAACCUUCAAAAUGCGGCAUUUUUAGAUGAGUUUGAUCAAAGCGAACGUACGAGUUAACGCGGCACGCGUAUUUCGUGACACGAAAGAAAUUUCUGUGUCGGACCGAAUCAUCGACGGCGGGAAUACCUGAUCGCUUUCUCGGUCAUGGGCUAUGACUCAGGAUCACGUUAGAACGUGCGCGCGCGUUCUCUCUGAAUCUGCGUGAGUCGAGAGACAAGGUCUGAUAUAAGAAAGGCUCUUUUCUAUGCGCGUACGCGUAACGUCCUAAAGGAUAUCAAUUAAACGUCACUUUUCGAGUAAUAACGAUUAAACUUAUCGUUGCCACAGAAGGACGCAUUAUGGUCGUCAUAUUACGCGAGGAACUUUAUACCAUAUUUUCCGAUAAGAAUUUUCUAACGAGAAUUAGAAAACGGCUAAAAUAUAAUUUUUUUGAAUUUGAUGAAUUUACGAUAAUUAGUCGAUCGAUUAGAAUGAUCGGUAAGAAUGAAUUGAAUCGAAAUGCGAAAAACGAUUAAAGAGGGAAAAGAUCAGGGAGAGAGAGAAGCACAAGUCGACAAACAGAAUUUUCAAGGCAACCAUCUUCGUCCAUCUUCCUCAGCAGCUUUGCCUUCCGGCGUAUCGUCGACACGUGGACGUGUCUCGAGAUAAUUCGAGUCACGAGUCCGUCUCUUUCCUUCGACGCUUUUGGUAAGAGCUCGCUGUCCGAGCAAUUUCGAAAGUCGUUCGACGAUCGACCACGUCGUCGGCAUUUUCGUCGUUGUCGACGACGUGUCCCUGCUAUCGACGCCUCCCUGCCUGCGUGCCUGCAUUUUCUAUCGUUCCUUGAAACGUACCGAUGUUUAUGGCUGACGUGAUCGGAAAGCCUUCUCUUUCUCCUUCGAAUUAGCAUUUAUCGGCAAGGCAUCCUUUCUUUCUCGGAUCUUUCUACCAACUUGAGUAGUAAUCGCGUCCGACGUAACGAUCAAACGAAUGUAGACCAAGCCGUUUUGAUCGGCUUGGAACAAUCGAUUUAUCGUCGUUGUCUCGAAAUGGAUGUUCCAAAGUUUUCAAGGGUCUUUCGACUAUCGAAGGAGAAAUGAGGCUACUAAAUGAUUACAUCGCGACUACGCGCUUUUGCAUUGCAACGUACUGUAUCGUUUCCUUUCUCUCUCGAGCUUCGCCGUCUGUCACCUGGAAGAUGACAGAGCUAUCGAAGAAUCAUUCCUUCGCGUUGCAACGAGAUUGCGGAACAUCCCGCAAUUCGUCGAUUCGUCGAUUCGUCAAUUCGUCGAUAUUCGCGCUAACAAAUGAAAAAGGAGAAAAUUUCUUGUUCUUCUUCGACGAGAUUGAAUCAGUCGAGUUCGCUAGAUCCGACCGAUUUAACGGAUUAUCUAAAAAAGAAGGCGAAAACAAGAUAAAAUCAUGGCUGACGACUCUUCGGUAUUUCCCGCUUGCUAUCGUUUUAUCUUCGCUUCGACUUUAUUCCGUGGACAACGAUAAACGUGAGCUAUUGUCGUCGAUAAACGACAAUGCCUUUGUUCGUGUGCACGAAUAUUUAACGAAACCAAGUCCGACAACAGGACGUCGAACUGUAAGAAAAAGGUAGAAAGUGGCCCGACGUACGUCGGCGUCGCGUUCUUCCGGCCAAAAUCUAAUUAAUGAUCCAUCCGUUAUCUUUGUGUCGAUAACACACUCAAUUACACUCGUUUUGCAUUCAUGGUAUAUUUAUUUAAAGCACUUGUAAUCCAUUUGUUAAUGUAAACUUUUAGAACCGGAUUGAAUCGGCUGGAUAAAAGGAAAAGAAAACUCGACAGGUCAGAUGGCACGAAUCUUGCGGCGAAAGUUAAAAAAAAUUAUUCGCUCGUUGAUCGGAUCGUCGAUUAACCAUCGACGAUUAACGCUAGUUAGUUUUAUAGACGUGCGCGCGCGCAGACUUUAUUAGUUUCCACGCUUUAUCUUUAUUCGACCAACGAACGCGUUUAUCCUCCCUCGUUAUUAGCGACUUUUUAACUCUUCUUAUCGGAGUCCACAAGGGGGAUUUCUUUUUCUUGCGUCACGUGCCACAAGUCGAGAUUUAUUGGUACAACACGAGGCGUCACGAGAGCUUGACUCGACGGCUCACGAUUAUUUUCAGUUUUCAGCGAAUAAAAGAGCAACCGGAUAUCGACUUGGACUUCGUGCUGCGCUAUUAGUAUCUUUGAUAACGGUGUUCUCUCUCUCUCUCUCUCUCUCUCUCGUUCGAUCGACUCCUUUAUUCGCAGUGAAUAAGGAUGGCUCGUCUUUUGACGGAUCCUUUAUUUUUUAUCCUAACGAGGAACUUGCUUUGCAUGCAUCUACCAUGCAUUAUCCAUACUUUUCCUAUCAGUAAAUAACGUCCUAUCCUAGCUUCCAUUUUUUAACAUUUCUUAAUGUCGAUCAAUACAUUCGGUUUGUAACGAGCGCGUGUCUUGGCCACAAGCCCAAACUAAACGUAAUUUUGUUAGAAUCGAAAUUACUUCCUCGGACGAAUCUUAUUAAGCUACUCUCCUCGCUGUUACCAACAAGACCGAUCGCUCUGUCGUCGAUAUGCACGCGUACCUAAAUACCUAGAUGAUAGCACAAAUGUCCAGUUUCCUCGUAACGUAGAAAAGGACAGCUCGCGUAAAUCUAAGGAUCCCGAAAGCGAGCUUGGCUUUGCUCGAGUGCUUUUUAUAGUUGCUCUUGGCGUCUAUAUCUUUUCGUUCGUCGACGCAGACCGACGUAGUCGUUGGUAUCGUCGUCGGCCGUUCGACGGAAAUAAUAUACAUAUUCCCACUUAUUGCGUCAAGAGCGUUGAACACAGCACGUGUUUACUCGUCCGAUGCGUGCUCCGCUCGUGGCCAUUCUCGGAUUGGAUCGUACAUGUUUAUUCUCGCUAAAGCGAAUUUCAUAGGAGGGUUACCAACGUGACGAUACGACGGUCGUCAUCGACGAACGGGACGUACGUCAAUCGCGAUACAAAGGCUAAUCCGGGAUUAAAGGUAUUCUACGAGAGCGGAUAUUAUCGCGUGAAACGUCCUUCUAGUUUUAUACCUGCUGCACCCUCUCUCGCCUCUUACGCGUUUCUCGUUGCGAGUUUAUAUUUGAGCGAGGCGAGCCGCCGCGCCGGGUCGGGUUAAACGUCCGAAAGGGCCUCUUUCCGCAAUAUCCUUCCGAGCGAUACGUCGGUCAGACUUUCGCGUCAAAUUCUUCGCUUUUUUCUCAAUCCUCUGACGCGUCGUCGAGCCGCUUGGAGCGUCAAGCGGCGAGGCCGGCGGUCCAGCUGUCGCCGAGAGAUCAACAGCUGUCGUCUCGCCCUUUCUAUGAAUUUUAUGUAUGAAUUUUAAACGAAUAACGUCUUCGAGGUCUCGCACAGCGUCGUUAUUCGCGAAUAAUUAAGCAGCGGUGGGAAGAACAUCGAGGCCGAUAGCCGAAUGAUUUUUUUCGCUCCUCGCUUCUUAUCUGUCCAUAUUAAAAAAUUUCACGAUUCUCAUUUUUCAUCCGCGAUUUAUUCCAUCGCGGACGGCGAUUCGAUACCAAUCGUAAGAGGGAUCGCAAUUUUCUGGGAAUCGUGCUUCCUCGUUACGGUUUCGGUACUCUUUUAAUCGUGUUAGAAGGACCAAGAACCACGGCCGAGAUUUGGAGAGUAGAAAUUUAAGGCGGAAGAAAGAAAAAGGAAGAAAAGAAAUGGCCGAUAUCGCCGACUCCUUCGUCCCUUUCGUUUUUUCUCCUCGUCCGCGCGAUCGUAGUUACGCCGUUGUUGCCAUAAACGUGUCCGAGAUCCGGUGACGUCUGGUUAUCGUUUGAAAAACAGCGGGAUCGACUCCUUCUUGAUAAACUCUGAUCAUAAUACGAGAACAUCUUCGCGGACUGGUUAUAACCGGGCAAUGCGAUAUCACGACCUCGUUAAAGCGGUUUCCAUCCUCGUUCGAUUUUAUCGUCUUUUUCUUGCACCAACCGAUUUUUCUUUUUCCUUCGGGGAGUAUUUGAGGUCAAUGUGCGAUUCGUUCUAUUCGCUCGCUGCAAUGUGUGUUCGUAGAUCGCACAUAGGUAUAUGAAUACCCACGUGCACAUAGAGAAACCAUUCCGUGGCCUUUCUUUAUCUUUUGCUUUCGAUCGCGCAAAGAAAUUUAUUAACGAAAUUCAUCAAGGCCGAGUAUUUUAGAAUACCGUUGUACCUUCGUACUCGAGCACUUCGUAUUCGGGUUCACGAGAAGGUAUUACGGGAAAGUGGUGUUGCCAUUGGUGGCGGAUUUGUGCGUUGACGGAUGAACGUUGUCGGAAACGUUGUCAGAAAAGGAGACGUCGUUGAUAUCGGUCGAUCGUUUAAAAACAUUAGCGUCUCGUUUCGUCGGAUUCGUCGGAAUAUCGAUUCGCGAAAUGACAGUAUUUUCUUUCUCGCUGAUAGAGAGAAAGUGCCCGGUUAUUUCUAGUUAGUCGCUUAUCGCGCAUCGAACUUCGAUGACCUUUUCUCUUUGCGACAGAAAAAUCCUCGACGGUGUUUACCAAGCAGUAUAUCGUUUCUCUCACGCGUACGAAGUGACGUAUAAGUAAGACUAGAGAGUAAGUAGGAAAUGGUAGAGACCCCGAAACGUUUAGACGAAUUUCGGGCACGUAGGAGCAAAUCGUACUCGUACGUUAACGCAACGUUCGGCGCAACCCAGACGCGGGACGCGAGACGCGAGGGAACGCCGAACGUACCACCGUCGGCUAUUUUCGUCGAUCGAGUCUCACGUCGACGUUCUUAUUACGAAGUCGGAGAAAGGAGGUGCCCCCUUCGGAAAGAUCUUCUCUAAUUCGGACGAAAGUCCAAGUUUCUCGCAAAGAGUCGGGAAAAGUGCGCCGUAGAUACGCGCGUCCGUAAGUCUCGUCGGCGUAACUAUUCGAGUACGUGUACGCGUACGACGUAUACGUACUCGCGCGUACGUAUGUGCGUAGAUCCAACAACGAUAGGUUCGUUGGCUCACGUGUUGGGCGUAGUGCAUGGCGUUUCCAACACGUGACGUCGGCCCUCCUCGUCAUCACCGAGCGACAUCUCCGUCCGCCGCUAAAGUAACGCGAGCCUCGAAGCCGGCGGAACGCAGUCGCUCUCCUGCCAUUCGUAAAGGAGGACGUUUCCGUGUGACGUACGACAGCCGCUCGUGUCGCUACAGCGCUGGUACUUAUCUUUCGCGCUUAUCCGCACGACGAGCCGUUCGAUUUCCCGGCCAAACUUUGACUUUCGAUAGAUCCUUCUAGCGCUUGGGAAUAGACUCGAUACGCGUGAGUGCGCGUGUGGUGCGUCUGUGGUGCGUUUAAAAGGGAUUAUGUGUCCUGCGAAUGAUAUAUACGGAGACGUAUAGCGCGCUUCCUCUCUCAAGUUCUCUCUCUUACUCGGACGUUGCCUCGUUCUUUCGUCGUUCACGGACAUCUUAUCGCGCAAACGCGACGAUGGUCACGCACAGUAUGGAUAAUAUUUUGAAUAUGCAAUAUUAUCCGGUGUCCAAUCACGUCGACGCGGUACAUUCGCCACCGCCGAGGAAAAGGCGUUGCUUGAACAAGGAGGUAAAUUAUGUUACAUUCGAUCACGUAAAACGAACGGCACGAAACGUCUCGGUACUCGGCGACUUCGGCGCUCCGAAAGUAGACCUAAGGUACCCCUAAGCAAGAUCCGAUGUCGCACAGGAUCAUCGAGAAGCGCAGAAGAGAUCGCAUGAACAAUUGUCUUGCCGAUCUGAGCAGAUUGAUACCCACGGAAUACUUGAAGAAGGGUCGCGGCAGAGUCGAGAAAACCGAGAUCAUCGAGAUGGCCAUACGUCAUAUGAAACACCUGCAAGGCCUUCGACAAGACACGAAGCACGCGACCGUGACACCUGUGCACGCGCACCCCGAAGACAGCGUCGACAGCGUCUCCCAUUCGACCGCGGCCUCGACCGCGGCCGAGCACUACAGACUGGGAUUUCAAGAGUGCCUCAGCGAGACGAUACACUUUCUCAUCGAGAUCGAGGGCUUCUACACGAGGGAUUCUCUCUGCGUACAGCUGACCAAUCACUUGCAGCGGCAUUGCGAGAAGAUCUUGGCUACGAGCGACAGAUUGGGCUUCCCUCAGCCCGUGAUGCCAAUGUCGAACGGUAGCGCGAGCGGUACGAGUUACGCUCACGCUACCAUACCGGCGAUAUGCCAGCCUACCGUUCACUCCGAUCACGGCUCGAGUUCGGGCGUGAGUUCCUUUGAAGAUCCUGAACGUCCUCAACGCCCGCUCGGUUCCGGUGCUUGCUGCAACGCCGGCAUUAUACUACCGCCCACGAUCGUCAGCGACGACAGUAACCACAGCAAUCAUUCUCAUAGCACGCCUCGCAGUGCGAGCAAUAGCUAUCGCCCUCAAAAUUACAAGUUCAAGAGCUCGAUCAAGCAGAGGUUCUCCGCCGAGAGGGUAAAGUCGAAUCUUUCUCUUUGCGCGAAUCCUGAAAAACAAGCAAAUUCGUCUCACGGCGUUCCGAUUUUCGCCCUUCACGAUGGCGGUGCUUUUUACGUUCCUCUGACCGUCGAGGCUUCUAUGCUGAGCCCUCACUUUGGUUUCAUUCCGGACAACGGACCGGACACGGUUCUUCAUCCGGUCACGAUAUCCGUCAAUUUCAAUCAACAAUCGACGCCACCGUCAGCGGCGAACCCGACCACGAUAACUACGAUGACGGCGACGGCGACGAUGACGAUGACGGCGACGACGACGAUGAAGACGACGACGACGACGACGGCGACCACGACGAUGACGAGUACAGGAAACGGAGCUGCACCGUGGUCCUCCAAUCAUAGUCCGAUUUAUUAGAUGUAAAAAUCCAUCGAGAGGAGAAACCCGAUUAUUUUUUCUUCGCCCGAUAUUUUUUUACCAUCCUUUCGAUGCGACAAAAGACUCUUUUACUUGCAGUUAUCUUUGAGAGAGUGAGAGAGUGUGAGAGAGAGAGAGAGAGAUAGAGAGAGGGAGAGAGGGAGGGGGAGAGAGAGAGAGAGAGAGAGAGAGAGAGGGAGGGGGAGGGAGAGAGAGAGCUGAGCGCUGCCUAUGUACCCAGAGAUAUCCAUGUACUACCCGCACGACUAGAUGCGCAUUGGCGCCUUUUCUCAACACGAACAAUUCGCUCGAUAAAUAUCGUCCAUUAGAAACAUUCCGGAGUAUUUGCGAAGCGUCCUACAUUUUUUCCUGCAUUCGGCGAAUAUUUCGACCACUUAUUCGUAUUUGCGAGAACUGUCCAAAAUGUACGCGGAAGAACGUAGCAUGACGACAAUUUUUAGGCACAAUAUUAAAUCCGAUAUCACGUACCUACUACAUAUAUAUAUAUAUAUAUUGUCAAGUACGAUAUGUACAUGCAUGAUAUGUGUGACAGGACUCCAUUUAUGGACGCAGAAAGAACCUUUUUUAAGCGGAAAAAUUCGCAUAUUUCGCGACUAAUAAAGUUUCGUUCAAUUUGAUAGAUGGAUCGGUCUUGGUGAAUAGUAGUAUUGCACAAAAGUAUUGCAUUUUAUCAUGUACAUGGAGAAAAAAGUUAUUUAUUCGAGAGAAAAGCGUAUUGUCUACUUCUAAGACAUACGUAACGUGUAUUGGUUUCGACGAAUGGAGUCCUCUUUAUUAUCAAUGUUGCUAUUAAUGUUACUAUUACUAUUAUUAGGAUUACGAUGACGAUGGUAAUAAUGAUGACGACGACGACGAUGACGACGAUGAUGAUGAUGAUUAUUAUUAUUAUCGUUGUUAUUGUUAUUGUUAUUGUUGUUAUUGCAACUAUUGUUAUUAUUAUAACGAUUAUUAUCAAUAGUAGUUAUCGAGCACAUUACGCAUCCACGCGCAGUAUAUCGAGAGGAAGUUUUCUUUCACUUAACGAUGCUGUGGGUUGCUUUAGCAUUUAUAAUCGUUCGAAAAAAUAAGCGAUUAGAGGUAGACGAGAUAAUUACGAGUAUUACGAAGAGAAUUUUCGGACCGCACUUUUGCUUCGGUGUGCCUUUCCUCUCGUCUUAUCAAAUUUAUUCUUCUCCAUUUUUUUAUUGUUCAUUUUGAAAGAUAUUUCUGUUUCCUUCGUCGAUCUUUUUUCUUCCAUCGACAAAGCCAUCUUAAGAAUCUUGAAAAGAGAAUUAACGACGGUACUCCGUGGGGAAACACAAACGAGUUGGUUGGCGAGUGCUUCUAACGCGUAGGCUAACAUUUGCCAAUCAGUAUUAUACCGCUCUUUUAUUAAUCAUUCUUUAUUCUUCACAUCGUUCGUCCUUCGCUCUCUGCAUCUUUUAUGUUUCCCUCUUCUUUAUUUCGUACUAAACGACGUAUCAGCGCGAAAGACGCGACAAAUUAUCGAGCGAAACAAGGAGGAGCGCUUCGUAUAUUUCAUCUUUCGUUAUCUUCAAUAAAAAUCGCGAUCGUUCAAGUAGCGAUCAUUAAUUAUUAUUAAUUAUUAAGAUCAUUUGAAAAACUGCAUUUGUGUAAAGUGGCUCGAAUAUCAAUCCGAUGUCAAUUAUUUAUAAAAAUUUAUAAAACAGUCGAAAUGAUUUCGUCCGAAAGUGCCUACAUAAUGUCGGGGUCGACAAAUAGAUAUAUGGAUACCGAUUAGUGCAUUACAAGUUACAUAAUCCCGUACGUAUAAUAUCAAAUGAAUAUUACUAUAUGAAUUAAAUAAAUGUGAAUGAAAAUGCCGUUUACCCGCGCAUAACUUGUGUCAUGUUCGAUCGCGAGAAGAUCGAGUCUGUUCGAUGUCUUACGAAACGGGUCUCAGCAACUAAAGACUGAAAAAGACCUGCAUUAUACUGAAUUUCUUGCUAGAUCGAUUUGUUGUAUAAAAUAUAUUUGUAUAUAAUGUCUGUAGUUGUAACUUUGUCAAAGAAUUUAUCGCAAAUAAAUUAUAUUUACCGUAAA